UUCGCGUCAUUAUUUUAAGGUAAUUCAGUUUUUAAAUAUGUUAAGCAAAAAUCAUGUUAUCCAGUGUUGUACAAAGGUUUUCGUAAUUUUCUUAUCGUGUUAUAGCAAAACCUUGUUAUAGGAUGCCGGGUGGUAGGAGGACUACCUGUAUCUAAAUUUUAGAACAUUUAGAAAACAGUAGGAGGGUAAAUAUAUUUCCAUAAUAACAGCAUUAACCUUUCAUGGAACGUUUCACAGAAAGAAAAUCCCCUAAAAUUAAUUAGCUGCAGUCCCUAGCACAUCCAGAUUGACCAGUCGGUACUAUAAACCAGAAAUGGCUAACAAAUCAUUAAAUAGUAUCACCUAGUAUUAAAGACACGAGUUUGAAUGCGUUAAAUGUCAAGAUUUUACUAAAUUGCGACACAUUGUUAAGAAAAAAAAAACUCAAUGAGUUUUAUUGCAUCAUGUAUACAGAAGUUGGCUACCUCUGCUACAGCUAAUCAACCGCCAUUUUUUAUUUCCGUUUCAAUUGCAAUUUACCCAGUACUAAUCCGUCACAAUUACUCUAUCGCAAUUACAUAUGCUUCUGUCCUGGUUCCUUGUCGUGUAUCGCGCGGCUCUACGUUUCCCGACGACGAGAAUAGCGCGAACGGAAAUAGACGAACAUAGCUUCUGGGAGCGUGGAUGAUGCCAGUAGCUUCGGGUGUCGUCGACCGGCAACUUUCUCAAACACAGAAAUCUCGGUUCGAUAAAAAGAAUAAACAUUUAGAAACUCUUCCGUUGUCCCCAAACGCGAGCUGUAAACAAACGAUAAACUUGUAAAUAAUUACACAAAUGGCAACAAAGGAAGGAUAAAAGCGUGUAAAAUAAAACGAACAUCAGGUCGUAGCGUAUAAAUUUGAUCGUAGGAUUAUAAAAGCUCGCCUAAAAAUGUUGGACGAAUCGAACGAGGAAGCCAACAAUUACUUCAGUUCGAAUCUGUUGGAGUUGCAAAACGCCAUCAGUCCACAGGAUUCGAAAAGAUUCUCGUCCCUGAACAGCAACUCGGAGAGAAUCGAUUUCGUUCUUAGCUAUCCGGAGGCCCAUAGGCUUCCCUUGGAGAUAGACAAUCAGACGCAGAAGAACAGCGAGAAAGCUAUUGGACUCAAGGACUUGGGUAACAAAUAUUUUGGCCACGGCGAGUUCCACAAGGCCUUGGAAAUGUACUCGAACGCUGUCAUGCUGGCACCUCAGGAAGAGUUGGGUAUCAUACUGGCGAAUCGUUCCGCGACGCUUUAUUACCUGGAACGUUACAAUUACGCUCUGAUAGACGCGGAGGAAACUGUACGGGUCGGCUAUCCGAAGGAAUUGUUGUACAAAAUCGAGGAAAGGCGCGCAAAGUGUUUGCUAGGCUUGAAACGGCACGCGGAGGCCGUGCAAGCGUUCAGAAGCGCUUUGACCGCCCUGGACCAUACGAGAUUGACGUUAGAAAAGAAACAGAAGCUCGAGUCCGACAUUAGAAUGAUGCUCGCGGUGAUGGAAAAGGGCGAUCAAAUGGCGCGGAAAGCGAACAAAAUGCCGCCUCUCGAGACGCAAAAGGGUGGCGUACCGAAGAGACCGACUCCUAAAAUGGAGAACUGUAAUCCUUUGUAUCCUGCGUGUAGCAAAGCGGUGGAAAUUAAAGAUGACGGCGGUGACGUUGGAAGACACGCAGUUGCUACCAAAAACAUCGAGCCCGGUGAAAUACUGGUGAUAGAGAAACCACAUUGUGCGUUAUUGUUGGCCGAAUAUAGACUCACGCAUUGUCACUUUUGCUUUUUGAGAAUAUUCGUACCGACGCCAGCCGCUUGCAAGAUGUGCAGCUGGGUGGCUUACUGCGGUAUCCGGUGCAGAGACAUGGACGCAGAAGUGCAUCGAACCGAAUGCAUGCUGCUGCCCGCAUUGUGGCGUUCAAACAUAUCCAUAACGUGUUUCUUAGCCCUCAGGUCGGUUACGCAGCGAUCGUUCGAUGAAUUGUUCAAAAUGAAAGACAGACUGGCAACUUCGAAGGGUAGAUUCGAAGUAACGCCACAGCGACCCCAUCAGAGCGACGACUUUGAAGCCUACUAUGGACUAAUAACGCACGAAGACGAAAGAACGACAGAAGAUCUAAUCCACAGAACCUACAUAGCCAGUUGGUUAUUGAGACUCUUAAAAAAAGGCUCGUAUUUCCCUCGGGGUGUUAAAACCGAAGACACGGCUGAAACAAAACUCUCCGAAGGUGAAUUAUUUAUAGGAGGUUUAAUUUUACAAAGCUUGAUGUUGCUGCAAUUCAAUACUCACGAGAUAUCAGAGUUGGCAAUACCAAGAGGCAAAAAAACCUUGGCAAAUGCGAAAAGCAUUUUUAUAGGUGGUGGAUUGUAUUCAACGGUAUCGCUAUUUAAUCAUUCGUGCAGUCCUGGUAUCAUCAGAUAUUUUGUCGGUACUACUAUGGUUGUACGAGCUGUUCGUUCGAUCGCGAAGGGCGAAGAAAUCUCUGAAAAUUACGGUCCAAUUUUUACGAUGUCUCCUGAAACUGAACGUAAGAGAACACUGAGACUGCGGUACUGGUUUGACUGCAAAUGCGAGGCAUGUACGGCGCAUUGGCCUCUUUUGGAAGAUAUCGAUCCGACGAUUCUCAGAUUUAAAUGCGAGACUGGAACAGAAUGCAAGAAUAUUUUACCUGUAAGAACGGACACGAAUGAGUUCAUGAUUAAGUGUUCCAAAUGUGGCAACAAUACGAACAUCCUAAAAGGUUUGAAAGCCUUACAAGACACGGACGCGCUUUACAAAAUUGCCGCGCGAAACUUGGAAGAAGACAAAAACGUGGAAGCGUUGAAAUACUAUUUGGAAAUACUGAGGCUUUUGGACGAAACCCUCGCUCUGCCUAUAAGAGAUUAUCACCUUUGUCAGCAAGGUGUUCGGUUAUGUAUGCUCACUUUAGGCAAUGUCGCGUACGUUUAAAAAAUUCACUGUGUCAAACGAAUUGGGAGAGGUCCGUUUGAU